GGGCGGGGGAAUGGCUGCUUGGCCCGCCGCGGGGCCCUCCGCACCCCGCGGCGGGGAAGGCCGCGGGCCGGGCCCUCCCACCCGGUGUGCGCAGCCUCGGGGCUGGGGGGCCUGGGGGAGACUGUGCCCCAGCCUCGGGACUGGGGAGAGGGGCAGCUACCUCCCCGCGGUUUUCGGUACCAGCGAACCGUAGGGUGGGUUGGGGUGGAAGGAGUCUGAAAGCCCAUCCAGUCCCACCCCUUGCCACGGGGAGGGACACCUCCCACUGGAUCAGGGGGAUCCAAGCCCCAUACAACCUGGUCUUGGACCCCUCCGGGGAUGGGGCAGCCACCACUGCUCUGGGCCAGGGCCUCCCCACCCUCACAGCAAAACAUUUCUCCCUAAGAUCUCAUCUCAGUCUUCCCUCUUUCAGCUGAAAACCAUUUCCCUCGUCCUAUCCCUGUGCUCCCUGAUCAAGAGCCCCUCCUCAGCUUUCCUGGAGCCCUUUUCACUACGCACUGGGAGCUGAUCUAAGGUCUCCCCAGAGCCUUCUCUUCUCCAAGCUGAGCAAUCCCAACUCUGUCAGCCUGUUCUCAUAGCAGAGGUGCUCCAGUCCUCAGAUCAUCUCCAUGGCCUCCUCUGGACUCAUUUGAACAGUUCUAUAUCCUUCUUACAUUGAGGAUUCUAGAACUGGACACAGGACUCCAGGUGAGGUCUCUCCAGAGCAGAGUAGAGGGGAAGAAUCCCCUCCAUCUGCUGCAGCCUCCUGUUCCACACUCCUGCCCUUCCCAUGGCCUUAGCCCUCCUGUGGGCCAUCUGGUCCCAGUGGUCUCCAAGGGGAAGCAGAGUCCUUGGGCAAGCUCUGGAGGAAUUCAGUUGCGCCAAGUGAAGAUCUCAGUGCAGGUUCUUUACAAGCAGGCUUUAUUUUUUGUUAAAACCUUGUAGCACUGGGUAGAAUGCUGUAACGUAGUCAUCUGACAAAUUUCUCCCAUGUUCCCCAAAGGAACUGCCUUCAAGAUCUGACUAACUCUGGAUGCACCAGGUCAUCAUCUUAAUUUCUCCUUUAGGUUGUUUAAAACAAUCCAAUUGGUAAUACUUGUUUUUUGUUUCUUAUGAAAUUGGAUCUUAGAGGUUUCUGUUUUCUUAUGUUGAUCUUUAUAAUGAAAAUGCAAAAGUGUUUUUUACUGUUGCAGGGAUCUGUGUGGAGCCUACGGAUUGUUCCCAGAACAAUCAGUUCAGUGCAACGCUGCACUUGGAGAUUGAUUUCAAAAUCAAUCCUGUGUCAUUUGAUUGUAUAAAAAAGAUCUUCUAGGGGUAGGGAAUUUUGAAAGGAUUGUAGGCCCACCCCAUGCUAAACUGAUCAGGCUGGACAGUUAGGCUGAGUUUGUUGCUGGGUGACCCAGUGUUUGAGGAGGAAAAGUCAUCCAGAGAAAACUUCCUCUUGCUGUCGUUUGUCACUAAAAUGGCUCCCUUCCAAGUGGCUCCUUCCAGGGGAAAUCGACUCUUUUUGAGAUUUAAUAAGACAUUUAAGUGAGGAAGAUGAAUCAUCAUAGUAAAUUGCUACUAGGCCUAAGCGCUGGCUUCAGAAACAGAAAAAGAGUGGUUUUAAGUAUGCCUGUCUCCCCCCAGGUUAAGAUGUAGCAGUUCUAGCAGUUCCCCUACUUCAGAAUUGAUUCCUGGUUACUGUUUGGACACCGAGGAGGAAAAGCAGGUGGACAGAGCAAAUGAUAGAGGAGUGCUACCCACUAGAAAUAUAGAGAAGAAGGGGUUAUGUGUUAAAGGAAAGCCACUACAUUAAAAACUGGUGCUAUCUAAACAUUUAUUAAGGACCUGGGGGUACUGCUACACCUGCGUGUGCUGCAAUCAUGCCUGUUGCCACUCAACAAAAAAGAGCUUUCUUACUGAAUGCAGCAUAUUAAAGCAUGUGUUGUUGCCUGGAAGAAGAGCAAAGACUCGCAUAGUAUGGAAUUUGGUAUCUGUGCUUCACUUGGUGUGCUGUAUCCAGGACAAAAAAACCCCCAAAUCAGCUGUGCAAGCCAGGUGCUCACCUGGGGGUGGUGGUGCUUUGGUGACAUCAUUGUGAAGUCUGAGCGGUAACCCAGGGUGACAAGCACUGCUCUCUGAAGAGUUGGUGUCAGUGCUAGCUGUCUCUCUUUGAGAGCGGUUUUAGCAGUGGGAGAUUGACCUAUAUUCACAUUUCUUGCACUGGCAGUCACUACAUGGUGGAGCCAGCUGUAAGAGGAGAAGGAGUGGAUUACAGGUAUCUCCAGGUAAGCUGGGGCUGUCAAAGAGGUUCACCAUAGGUGUGGGUGGUACUGGUGCAGCCACUGCAGCUGCAGCAAUAGCGUUUUUUGGAGAAGGCAGAGGGAGUUUUCUUCGUGAAAGCAAUGCUGUCACAAGACUUUUGAUGCCAGAAAUUAGGACAAACAUAUCUGUUGCCUCAGACUUCUCAGUUGACCCUCAGUAUACCUGGCACACUGCUUGCAAUGUUUGGGGCAGGGCAGGGACUUGCCUUGGCACUCUUGUGUUGCAGCAAUGCUUCCAGAUUGUGGUGGUGCUGUUGGUAACCUGAAGUUCAGGAAGCGUUUCUGGAUUUUUCUACUGUUCCAUGAGACUUUUUGCCCCAUGAAGGUGAUGCAUUGAGCUAUUUCCUUUCAACAGACUGCCUAAGAGCCAGCCAUGGUUUAACCUCUCCAGGCUUGGGUGUUCCCGUUCCACCUUUGCCUACCGAGCAGGUUCUCAGUGGGAGAAAAGGAUAUGAAUCUUAGCCAUGGGACCUGGACUCUCAACUAUGUACUUCCGUGAUGGAACUUGGACAGGAGAACACUCUUAGAUAAACAGAGGUACAGUAAAUUGUUUACUGAAGAUGCUGUUUUUUGAGGCCAACUUAUUAGACGUUCAUACAGCUGGUGGCACCAGGCAGUCAGUUUCAAUACAUGGUGUGUGACUGUACAGCAUUUUGGUGGAUUUGGAGAAAGGGCAACACAAAAAUACAUAUUUAACUGUUGCUAUGCAGACCUUGAACCGAUGACAGACAUGUGUGGCAGUGAUGACCCACGGGAUAUCUUUUGAUACACUGUAGCAGCAGAGUCCCCCUCUUAGGAAACAGCAGCUCCCUCCCACUGGAGUUGCUAAAACUUCCACAGCAGGAAACGUCCUAUAAGCACCAAGUUACCAACUGGAUGUGUGGCUUUCCCUUAAUCCCCUCACCCCUGCUUAUCCAGAACCCAAGUAUGGAAAGCCUGCUCUAAGGUCUCCCUGGAGCCUUCUCUUCUCCAGGGUGAACAAGCCCACUCUCUUAGCCUGACGUCAUAGAGGAGAUUGCUCCAGCCUUUGGAUCAUUUUUGUGGCCACCUCUAGACUCACUUCGACAGAUCCAUGUCCUUCCUGUGCUGAGGACUCCAGAACUGAACACAGGGCUUCAAGUGAGGUCCCAGCAGAGUGGAAGAAUUCUCCAGAGGGAGAAUCACCUCCCUGGUCCUGCUGACUGUGCUGCUCUGGAUGCAGCUCUGGAUACAUUUGGCCUUCUGGGCUGUGAGUGCACACUGCUGGCUCAUGUCUGGCUUUUCAGCCACUGUGGUCGCAAUACAGGGAGGUCAGCCUUUCUGACCUUGGCAACACCUUUGCUGUAGAUGGACCAUAGUUCUCAUCUGUUGACAGGUUUUCUAUAUCCAGAACCUCAUACCUCUUGUGCUGGGGCACCUGGGAAGAUGAUCUGGGCAAGGAGGGCCUUCGCCCGCCACCCCAAGCAUGGAUUUUCCUGCAUUCACUGUUUCCCUUUAGGCUAUUUCCUCCAGCCUGGCGGGGGGAGGAUGUAGUUGGUGUUGGUUUUCCACUGGUGGUGGUUAGUUUUUAUAUCUCAAGGAGGGCAGUAUCUCUUUCUCAGCCUCCUUAUGCUCCUUCCCCUUCCUCUAGUAGCUCUGCCACCAUGCUGAGCGGAUCCUUCCCCACACAACUCUUCUCAUGACUACCAUCCCUUGUCAGUCAAAGGCUCUGACACUGGUUCCUGGGUGGCUCCUCACUUUUGUGGGAGCUCUUUCUGGGUUGCCGUAUUCAUUCUGGUGGGUGGAUACCACAGCCAAGCUCCUUCUGAGAGGGAUGCUUCUAUAAUAAUAGGAGUAAACUUCAAUAUUAUACUUCAAUAACACUUCUUUCAUGCACUUUUCGGGGUGCAAAACAGUUUUGUUCCCUUCUUGCUCUUUGGUACAAGCAAAGGCAGGCCAGCAAGCUGGGAAGUUAGACAUGGAGUAGGACUGUUUCUUCAGUGCCAAGAAAGACAAGCUUGUCAAACAGACCAGGCAGACUUCCAGUGUACUGUUUCUCUUCCCUUAGCCAAGGUGAGGUUUAUGGCACUUUAGGGAUGUUUUUCCUGACCCCUCGCUACCACAUCUGUAAUUAUUUUUUUUUCCCAAAAUUAAUUCAAAAUCGCUCAAACCAAAAAGUUUACUGGAGUUGAAGUGGUUAAAAUUCAUCUUCUGCUAGAGACUUGCUGAGCGCACCAGAGUUACUCAUUUGUUUUCAGGGUCAGUUCUUUGGGGGUCACUUUGGUUUCUGUUUAGCACUCAGAUUGACAUGAUCACUGAUACCAGCUUAAAAAGGGGAAGUUGAGUUAACCUUUUUUUUAAAUGAAAGGGCUUCUGUGGAGUUCAGAACUGAGUUUUUGAGGGGGUUUUGUGUUGUUUUGAAGUUCUCCUUUUUUUCCCCAUUCCUUCAAGAAGAUCCAUUCAAAUUCUGAACUGCUCUUGGAGUCUGCUCAGGAAUACAGAGGGCAACAAGCAAAAUACUGAGCUGCUUGAGCAUCAAAAGAGCUAAACUUGAGGGGAUUUCUUUUUUCCCCUUGUGGAUUUACUAAUGUUGCAUUAUACAGGUCUCUCGCUUCCUAGGAAAAAGAAAUGCCAUGAAUUCAUUCUGAUUUGUCUUUGAAUGCCUCUGCGCAGCAGUGGUUGUUAGUUGCCAACUAUUUAAGCUUGUGUAAACUGCCAGAAUCAUCCUUGAAAUUUAAUUUGAUGGUAUUGGUGACGCAUUUGGAAAAAUAGUUCUUGUCAAAGUUCUGCCUGGAGGAGCUCCAGUAAUUUUUAGAAGUAGAGGCACAGAAAUCCAUAUGGCACCUGGUCUGGUUUUGAAGAUGCUAAAAGUCAGAAGUGAACAGUGCCUUUGAUACUGGAGGGGGAAGAAAACCUUGCAGUUAAUGUCUGGUUUUAUUCCCAUUAUCAAGCAGUCAAAAAAUCACUGAGAACCCAACUUUUAAUCUCUUUAUUUUAUUGGGAAAAAUCUCUGAAAAAAAAAAAAUUAUCAAGCAAAAUUCCUUAGUGUAAAAGGUCCAACCCUUUAUUUUUAAUUUGUGAGAAUUACUUCAUUAAGCUUUGUCCAAAAGAGUCAGAAAUACUUUGCACUGAAAUGUGCAGCGUUUUACAGGAAGGGGUCAGAAUCACUUGAAUUUGAACUUUAUCUGGUCUGGUUGCAGGUUUUAUGUAUUUAGUAUCUUUAAAAACAAUUAAGCAUAUGACUUAAGUAGCUAAAAUCUUAAGUAGGUAAAAUCAAAGUAUUUGACUCCACAUCAAAAAAACCCUUUAGCCUGUGGUUAAAGGAAAUCAGUUUCAGCUCUGGUGGCACCAAAAAAUUAUCAGUGGUUGAAUUAAACCUAAGCCAUCUUUCCCAGGCUUCCAUGAUCUUGCAGCCAUAAAUAAUGACAGAUACAUGGAUUAGGGCACAGCAUGUGGUGGUAAACUUGUAGUAUUUGAUGUCAGAAGAAAAAAAAUUACUCCCUAAAACCAACAUAAUUUAAAAUUCUCAAUAUCGUGCAGCCAUGCCACUCGCAAAGUGAGCAUUUCCCUGCCUCUUCAAGCUUGCUGCAUCCUCCUUUAUGUGCUCUCCUCCUGCUGGUAAUCAAUUGCAGCUCCACGUGUCUGAUCAGGGCUAAAAAUUGUUCUCGUUAUGGAUCCAACACGACAUAUCCUGUGCACGCCUGUGUGUAUAGAUAUGUUCAUCCUCUGUGCCUGGACCGAUGUGUGCCUAUUUGUGUGCUCACCCCCGAUCACUCAUGUUAUAAAUCAUCAGCCUCAAAGGCAUUUUCAUCAAAAUAUUAUGUAGAUCUUUCGGGUUUUUGCCAGUUCCCUCAAAAAUGAGAGAGUUUAUAUGCAACUGUACAUGGCAAAUAGACAAAAAUUCUAACUGUUACUAUUACUCUGCCUGACUUUAUUAUCUCUUGCCCUCGGUGUGUGCAUAAACAUAUAUGUGUAUGUCUAUACAGAUUUGUGUAUUUAUACACGCCAGUAUGUUUUUGCUGCACAGGUAAUAAAGGUGGGGGAAGGUUUUUGUGUUUUCUUAAUAGGUGAAGAAAUCCUGGAAGACCAGAAAUUGCAACUUAUUGAAUUUUAAAUUAGAGAAAAAAAAAAAAAACAAAAAAACAAACCAAAUUGUCCGGCUGUGGAAGAUGGAUCCUCAUUUUUGCAGCCCCUUUGAAUCACAAGUUCAUCUUUAAAUGGGGUGUUUUGUUGCUUUUUUUGGGUUUUUUGAAGAGCUAACUAACCCUGGCUGUCUCCAGUCUGACAGUAUUCAAAUGGACUUGCUUCCUUCGUUAGUUAUAAGAUGUUUUAAAGUCCAUCCUGUGUUUGAAUUGUGGAUGAGCAGUUCCCUUGGCAAUGUGAGGAGGAAAAUUCUUUCUACCCCUUUAUUAUUAAUUCACGGAUUCAGUGUUGGUUCGGCCUACAGGAGAAGUUAACUGGAGGGCUUUGAAGAUCGACAUCUUUGCUGAAGUUGUCCAGGGUUACUUUUAAAAAGAAGAUUUCACUGAUCAAGCCAGUGGAAGACUUUCAGUCCAAGAAAGAGUGAAGCCAGCUUUUUGCAAGAGUGAAGGAAGUCCCUGCUGAGGGAACUCUUACAACCUGAGCUUGUUCUAAGAAUUCGUCCAUUAUGUCUAACCAAGGAGAUGACUGCUACUUCUAUUUCUAUUCCACAUGUAACAAGGGAGACAGCUGCGCCUUCCGCCACUGUGAAGCUGCUCUGGGGAAUGAAACAGUCUGUACACUUUGGCAGGAAGGUCGCUGUUUCAGGAAUAUUUGCCGAUUCAGACACAUGGAAAUUGAUAAAAAGCGCAGUGAGAUUCCUUGCUACUGGGAGAAUCAGCCCAUGGGCUGCCAGAAAUCCAACUGUGCUUUUCACCACACAAAGGGACGUUAUAUUGAUGGACUCUUCCUACCGCCAAGCAAAACUACGCUUCUAAGUCCACCUGAGUCUGUAGAGGAUGAUAUGAAAAUGGCUCAGAUGUCACUGCCGCAGAACAAACUUUCUGUCCAGUCAAAUCCCUCUCCACAGCUGAGAGGGGUGAUGAAAGUGGAAAACUCAGAGAACGUCCCUAGUCCUACACAUCCUCCUGUUGUAAUCAACGCUGCAGAUGAUGAUGAAGAUGAUGAUGACCAGCUUUCUGAAGAAGGAGAUGAAACUAAAACACCUGUCCAGCAACCAACUACAGAAUCCCACAAUGGAUUGCGGAUGAUUUCCACUAAGAAAUCCAAUGCUAGUACAAAGCAAGAUGACAAUUUAAAUUUUGGAAUAAAAACACUUGAAGAAAUCAAAUUGAAGAAACUGAAGGAAAAAACAAAAAAACAAGGUGAAGGUCCUUCAGGAGUUUCUGUUCAUCCACUCCAAUCUCAGACUAUUCCUGUGCCAGAAAAGGAAAACGUACGGACAGUAGUGAGAACCGUGACACUGUCUACAAAGCAAGGAGAGGAGCCUAUGAUUCGACUGAAUCUUGCAGAGAGACUGGGAAAACGGAAAGCCUCCAUAGCUGGUAAGAGUGUUAUUCCACUGAAGCGCAACCUUACGGAAAGGCUGGGGAAGAAGAUAGAGAUUCUGGAAAACACUGAAAGAGCACCAAAGAGAGUUCAAGUCCCAAAGUCACUGAAGGAGAGGUUAGGAUUGCCCUCUGAACAGAGCCAUACAGAGACAGAGAAGGCUGCUAAGCCAACUGGAGAGAUCCAUGUGAAAACACUGGAGGAAAUCCGUAUUGAGAGAGCGAAUCAGAGACGAGGAGAAGCUCCAGCUAAAUCCCAAGCUGAAGGACGUUGUAAAACAGAAGAUCCCAGCUCAGGGGCAAGACCUUCCCCUGCAGUUCGCAUCAAAACUUUCUCAGGAGCUCUGGCUGAAAAAAACCACAAGCGAUUUGAAGAAGAGAAGCAAAAACCAGAUGAGUUUCCUACCAAGAGGAAAGCCGAGAGUGAGCCCAAGAAGCAGAGCCUAUUUGCUCCAUCUCUACCCAGCAAAGUGUUCCUGGCAGAGCUGGGAGGUAAAGCCAAGCCAAUAGGAGAAGUGCGUGUUAAAACCCUGGAAGAAAUCAAGCAGGAGAAAGCUCUGCGGAUGCAGCAGAGUGGAGGAAAUGUGCCAGCUCCACCAGCACAACCUGAACCUGCUCCAGCAGGGAGGAGAUUGUUACGGAUCACAAAGCUAAUAGCACCUGGAAGAGAAGAGAAGAAGGUAGUAGAAUUGAGCAAACCUGCCAAAGCUGUCUCUGCACCAGCGGAGCCCUCUGAUCAGAGAGCAACUAUUACCAAAGUUCAAGUGAAGAGCCUGGAAGAGAUAAUGAGGGAGAAGCGGCAACUGAAACGACACCAAGAAGAGACACUUCAGAAGGAAGCAACUGCUGUGCCAUCUCCUGUUGAAAAGGCAAACAAUGAUAAAACUCCAGCAUUGGCAAGUCCUGAAUCCACCGUGGUUUCAGGGUCAGAUCGUCCACCUGCCAAGCGGGCAUUGGUGAAAUCUCCAGAAGAUGGGGUGGAAAGCCCAGGAAAGGAUGCUGCUGUGUCAUCAGGGGAGCAGGCAGUGCAACAUCUGGAACAGAAAGCUAAAAUCAAAUCUAAGGUGUGCCUGAAGCCUUCGGAUGGGAAAGCCAGCUUCCCCACCAAGCAAGCGCUGAAACGCAAGUCAGUGGAGAGUCAUCCCUCGGCUGUGGCGGCUGUGAAACCCCUGAAUGCAACUGGUGAAGACAUGAAGGAGCCUUCCACUAAAAAAGCAGCUGUGGCUGUUGUUCCUGCUUUGACAGAGGACAGCCCAAUCUCUAUACCUCAGAGAGAAAAAAGCAAAGCCAGUCUGGAACUGCAUGUUGGAAGCCAGGCCGACUCUGUGGCACAGUCAGAGGUAUCGAGCUCAACUUCAUCCCCUUCCCAAGCAGCUGUAAAAACGCACCGGCCGAGCUCCACCGGGGCUGGGAAAGCCCCCUUGUCUGUAGAAGAUGACUUUGAGAAGCUUAUUUGGGAAAUCUCAGGAGGCAAACUUGAAGCAGAAAUUGAUCUUGACCCAGGGAAGGAUGAGGAUGACCUCCUCCUGGAACUUUCUGAAAUGAUUGACAGCUGAACUGCAUAGUCUUAUUAAAGGUUAAAAAAAAACCAAACCGUUUAUUUUGUUGGGUUCCCAAGAUGAUUCUUUUUUUCUGAGGCUUUGCAAUGAAUCUUAAAGCACAGUUGAACUGUAUCUGCACUCAGUUGUCCUAAAUUUCCCUGCUGGUCGGAGUCACGGUCCUGCGCAUCCAUUCUGCAUCCAUCGGUGACUACUUUUGACAUUGAGAAGACAAAGCACUUGUUUAUUUUUGGACAGAGACAUGCCCACCUACAAACCAUGGCAGUUAUGAACUGAUGUGCUGACUCAGUGAAGGCUUCAAGCUCCUCCCUUCCUCUCCCACUCUUGUCAAAACUCAAUGUUCAUCGCCUUUCAAAGCUUCGAUAUUCUCAUUUCUCGGACAGUUGAUAUGUAAAGCCUGGAGUUACUAUGUCAACUCUUGAGUCUUAUUUAUGUACACUCGCAUUUUGACUUUCAUCUUUUAGGUUAACAGUGAAAAUGCUGGGGUGGGAGGGAAUGGAAUUACUCCAGUAUUUUGGACCAAACGUGCUGCCAAGGGUGGUGGUUUGGGUUGGUCCAUCCGUCCUUACUCAGGAUGAUAGAGAAGCAGUGUGAAGAGCAGCGGCUGUGCAGUACAGCCAGAAUAUCCUACUCUUGUGUUGUACCAGGGCGGGGGUUGUAGCUUUUUCCUGAUGUGAACUGGAUUCCGAGAAGGCAGUUGGGAUUCUUCUCCUGCUGUCAUGUGAAUCGGUUUAAGUGCCUCUCUGCUCCAGAAAUUGCUUCUUGGUGCUGCUGGCUCUUCUUCUGCCAACCCACAGGGGAGCAUGUGCCCAGUAUGGUGAUCUUGCAACCUCUUGGGGAACACUCCACCCAUCACCAAAGCUGAGCUCUGGCUGGAACCACACGUGGGAGGUCUCUGCUCUGCCCUGGCGUGUGCACGCAGUCUGAAAUUGUGAUGCAGCUGAGCCCAUGGUGUGUUGUGUUCCCUGCCACCAGCCAUCGUUUUCCCUAGCAGCCAUAUUUUGAAUUAUUUUCUUAUGUUUUUGAAGAAAUUCAGUCUUUUCCUGCUAUGAUUUGUGAGGCCAUAGGGGCCCUUAAGCAGAGAGAAAAAUUAAUUCUUGGGAGUUGACUGUAAAUACGUUCUCUUUGGAAGAAAUGCUUGUGUACUUUGAGAAUCCACUGCAACGUCUUCAUUCCUAGAGGAAAGAGUUGAAUAAAAAAUGUACAGUUGUGGCUCUGGAAGGGUCACCUAGCCCCUUGAUCCUGCUGAAAGACUUUAUCCUGGUGAGACUUCUGCCGGCAUCCAUCGCUCGCAUGCAGACGGGAGUGACCUUGGCACAGAGGAUUUGCGUGCAAGGGCAGUUUGCUUCACUCUCCUCCGCUUCCGUCGCUGGCCUUUACCACUCCAGGCCCAGGCUCUGCCAGUGGAGAUGGGAUUUGGUGUGCGCCGUGGUUUCUGUACACAUUUUAUUCUUCCAUUUUAUAUUUGUAUUCUAUUUAAGGUAUUGUAUUAAACAUAGUCUGGCCA